AUGUCACUCUCUGACGCAUAUAAUCUCGUCUCUCCGGAGCCCACCGGCAGUGGAGCAUUCAGAAGCAUGAAGGCUGCCCUAGACGAUGCUGGUUUGCACGAUAUGGAUCAGACGGACGUUCAUGAGGUCUUCCAUUUUGAGGCUGUCUUCAGCGCCUUUACCGAAAUCAAUAACCCUCUCCUUUUUGUAACACCAGACCCACCGCUUACUCAUACAGACUCCUCAGCCGUUUAUCCGCCCCUUUGUCCUUCAGUGGUGACAAUAGUGUUCUGCAUCUUUUCACUUAUCUCCGCCACCCCUCUCUCAUCAGUGUGUAUUCUUGCAUUUUUGAAGGUCGGACAUAUAAACUGCCAUGCUACAUCCACACCCCUCGGCGACAUGAUCGAAUUGGCCGCGAUCGCCCAGCUGCUGGAGCACUAU